CGUGAAGGGUGGAGGAGCACGAAGAAAGAGAGAGGGAGGAGAGAUGGAAAGAGAGAGGGAGAGGUGGAAGUUUUGGGAAGCUAACACCUUUAUGAGAUAGUGUAGGGGCUUGAGACCAAACCAGACCCUUUUCCAGAGAUUUGGGGGUAGGGGUUAGAUCAGGCAAGCGGUGUGGCUGCAGGUAGCAGACGGAAAUUUUGACACGUCACUCCUGUGAUCUUGUCGGACUCGCUGGGAUUUCUUCUAUAUACGCUCACCGGCGAGUAAACAGCGUGCCUGUGUGUGGAUGCAGAGGGCGAGAACAUGACUGCGGAGAACUUCUGAGGGUUCUACACGCUCAACGACUGACCAGAGUCACUGCAGACGUCCGCCCGGCGAUGGGGGUCGCCAGCAGCCCGCCUCUCAGAAUGGACCUCUGCUGGUGGAGCAUAGUGGCUCUGGUCCAGCUCCUCCCCAUCCAAGGGCUGGAGAAGGCUGAGCAGCUGCGGAGGGUCAGGAGGCGUUGGGUCUGGAACCAGUUCUACGUGCUGGAGGAGUACACUGGACCUCAGCCGCUCUAUGUGGGCAAGCUGCACUCGGACCUGGACUCAGGCGAUGGCUCCGUCGAGUACAUGGUGUCCGGUGAGGGAGCGGGAACCGUGUUCACCGUGGACGCCAGCACAGGAGACCUACAUGCCCUGCAUAAGCUGGACCGCGAGACCAAGGCCCAGUAUGUGCUGCGGGCCCGGGCUCUGCACCGGCACACGGGGCUCCCGCUGGAACCAGACUCCCAGUUCACCAUACGCAUCCAGGACGUCAAUGACAAUGAGCCAAAGUUUCUGGAUGGACCCUAUCAGGCCACCGUACCCGAGAUGUCCGCCCUAGGCACGUCGGUGAUCCGGGUGACGGCGACAGACGCCGACGACCCAGCAUACGGGAGCAGUGCCAUGGUGGCCUACAGCCUUCUGGAGGGGGAGCCCUAUUUCAUUGUGGAGGCCAGGACAGGCAUCCUCCGGGUGUCCCGUCCCGACAUGGACAGGGAGCAGCAGGCGCUCUACCACCUCGUUGUCCAGGCCAAGGACAUGGCCGGCCAGCAGGGGGGGCUAGCGAGCACCACAACCGUCACCGUCACCCUGUCCGACGUCAAUGACAGCCCACCCAGGUUCUCCCAAGACCUUUACCAGCUCAGUGUACCUGAGCUGGCUGCCGAAGGCGCCGUUGUGGGUUACAUCCGGGCUGACGACCCAGACGAGGGGGUCAACGCCGAUAUGGUGUACCGCAUCAUUGGAGGAGAUGGAGAGGACACAUUCGCCAUCAGCACAGACCCCACCAACCGGUUUGGCAUCGUCACCGUGAAGAAGGGUCUGGACUUCGAGGUCAGGCAGAGCUACACCCUGAGGGUGGAGGCAGCGAACACGCAGCCGGACCCCCGUUUCCUCGGGCUGGGCCCCUUCAGCCACGCCACCAGCGUGAGGGUCAGCGUGGAGGAUGUGGACGAGGCGCCCCGGUUCUGGGCUCCCUUCUAUUACCUCGAGGUCCCAGAGGACGUGGAGCCCGGCACAGUACUGGAGACCUUCUCCGCCAUGGACCCUGAUAUGGCCAACGACUCCAUCAGGUACUCCAUCGAGAGGCUGAGCGACCCAGAGAGGUUCUUCUACAUCGACAGCUUUUCAGGCUCCCUGGUCACCGAGCGUCCCCUGGACCGAGAGCAGUACGUCUGGCACAACAUCACCGUGCUGGCCAUGGAGAUGAAUAACCCCUCACAGAUGGGCAGCGUGUCCGUCGCUAUCAAAGUUCUUAACGUGAACGACAAUCCACCUCGGCUGGAGCAGUGUGACGUGUUCGUGUGUGACAAUGCGAAGAGGGGCCAGCUGAUAUACACGGUAAGAGCCAUCGAUGAGGACGACCCCCACGGAGCACAGCCGCUCUUCUACAGCCUAGAGGCUGAGGAUACCAACAAUUCCUACUUCUUUCUGAGAGAUAACCAAGACAACACAGCUGGGGUCCUGGUCCUGAGAGAAGGAUUUUCUGUGAAGGAUCAGACCACCUACCACCUCACCAUCCUCAUCCGCGACGGGGCGUCGCCAACCCAGACGGGCACCAGCACGCUGACCGUGCGCGUGUGCCGGUGCGACCCAGGCGGAGACGUGCUGAGCUGCACGGCCGAACCCCAGCCGCUGCACUCCGGAGGACUGAGCCGGGGCGCCCUGCUCGCAGUCCUGGCCUGCACGCUCCUCUCGCUGGCCGCCGCCCUGCUGAUCGUGUCGCUGAGGAGCCGAGGGAGGAGGUACUACCCCCGGGACGAGGAGCUGACCGCCCACGAGAACAUCGUGCACUACGACGACGAGGGCGGCGGCGAAGUAGACACCAUAGCCUUUGACCUCGCGACCAUGUGGAUCAUCAAAGACGGCCGCGGCGAGAAUAAGGGCCGCCGUGGCUUCCUGCGUGACUCUCUCUGUGCUAAGCUGCAGGAGGCCAACAGCGACCCAUGGCUCCCGCCGUAUGAUUCCCUGCAGACCUUCACUUACGAAGGGGAGGACUCCAGAGCUGGGUCCCUGAGUCCACUGGUGGCCAGCCCCUCCAACACAUCGCAGGACUACAGCUACCUACGGGAAUGGGGGCCGCAAUUCGAAAAGCUGGCCUUAAUAUAUGGAGUGUUGGGAAGGAAAGAUCCGUCGUGGUAGCGCCCCCCCCCCCCCCUUGUGGCACCAGACAGCCGGACACGACGUAGAACUGGUGCAGGCACAUUAGAAGACCUCCACCUGUGUAUCAGCCUGGCUGGAUGAAGGCUGAUAUCUAGCUGCUGAUUUUGCCACGGCAAAGCUGCAGUUGUGGUGUUUUUGUGGCUAGGUGACCCACUUCCAACUAAGAAGACACCAAACGAUGUCAAAAAUCAGAUCUGAUGGAUGCAUGAUGGAUGGAUGGAUGGAUGGAUGGAUGUAUGAGACCAUGCUGCUAGAAUCUUUUUAGAAAUGUCCCUAUUAUCCAACUACAACAAUCCAUUGUCACGGUGACGCUCUGCCAUGGCGAAUUUCACAUCACUGUACGUGUCACGACCGAUGACCAACAUUUUGACAGGUGCUAAUCGGAGACAGCGAGCAUUGGAUGUCCAAAUAAAAAGCUUGGAAUGUA